AUGAGACGUUCAGCUGCACCGAGUCGUGUUGUAUCCCUUCCCCUCACAGAGAGGACCUCGAAAGUGAAUCAGGCGAUUAUAAACAACCCGGAACAAGAAACGGCGGAUUCUUGUGUCACUCAACAUUCAGAGGCAACAGUACUGGGCCCGAAAAUUUUUGAAGUUGUCUAUGCUAAAACGUCAAGUUGUAAACACAAGAAAUGGAAAGAUGAUGGAUUUGCAAUUAUUCAUGGACGCACAGCUAAUGUUGCUUCCAGUUCCGGUAACAAAAUGGUGUACUUAAAUUCAUUGAGUGAGGGUUCUUUGCUCAAAGUUGGCGGCUACGAAGCCGAACUGCUCUGCUUGGUUAGUCCUGAAUUUUAUCAGGCUUCCUGUGGUGCUCUCCUCGAAGUUGACAGUGCGGCAUCCGUUGUACCACAGAACAAUGCUUUCCGCGGACUCCCACAAAAUUCGGCAUGCACGAGUCACUCUACACCACUGAAUGAUUCAUUUGCCCGUUCGCUUUCGAAGCCACCUCGAGCAAGAGCGCCUGCAUGUUUGCCACAGACGGACGCCUUGGUUAUGCCCCGCCCUCCUGCCGAGUGUGUGUGGGUCCAAAAUCCUGAAGGAUUUCCAAUUGUGGAUGUCAUUCUGGAGCCGCAAUUCGCUUGUCGUUUACUUCCUCACCAGAAGGACGGGGUUGUGUUUCUGUACGAGUGCGUCAUGGGAUUCCGGUCUGGAUAUUCAUCGGGCGCGUCCACUAUCCCGACUACCUUGACUGAUCUGGACUUUCGAGAGGGCUCCGGAAGUGCCAUUACAGGUUGCAUACUCGCUUCUCGAGCGGGUGGCACAGGAUUAAAUUUGGUCGGUGCCAACUACCUGAUUCUGUUCGACAUGGAUUGGAACCCAGCGAAUGACGCACAGAUAAACCCGAAUCACCCAGCUGACGACACCACGUUGCGGUCGUUCGGCAAGCCAGCUUUAGAACACGUACGGAGUUCAGAGAAGGCUAUGGCUCGCAUUUGGCGACCCGGACAAUCUCGACCUGUUCGAUUGUACAGACUGGUAACAGCUGGUGGUCUGGAAGAGCGCAUUUUUCAGCGUCAAGCUGCCAAAUUAGCACUCUCACAUCAAGCACUAGCCAAUCCGGCCAGCGCAGCCCAUCUUACUUCCAAUCAAUCUUCCUCGAAGGGGGUUCUCACGCGCGAAGAACUACAUGACCUAUUCCAGACCCCAUCCUUACCAGCUGUUACGUGUUGGACUCAUGCAUUGAUCGGCUGUACCUGUGAUAUCUCAUCUUCUUCACCAAGCCCAACUUUGUCCACGGCAUCCGAUGCAUGCAGUGAUCUAGGUGAUCAGUGCUGCUCCGACGAGGAAUCCGACAUACGAGUUUGUCAGCUUGGACAGAGCGUCACUGAAUCCAGACUCACAAAACCACAUUUCAGUGUUCCAAAGGAGCGCCGAACAUUCGCGACAGAGUCUUUAGCAUUUCUCCUCAACUGGAAACACAGUCUCACCGAUGUGGCCAUCGGACGCUUGUGCGACCCCCUCUUGUCGUCAUUUGAAUCUUGCAAGGAGAAUCUCCCAAUUAACGCAGUAUUUUCCUCGGCCACCGAGGGCGCCGAAACUUCUAACCUUUCCGCUGCGGAUCAUGCAUAAUCCCUCGACUCAGAUCCCUUUAUGUUUGUUUACGAAGUGUUCUCCUUCGUACUCAUCUCGGUGAUCCUCUUACUGUCAGUUUUUAUUGUCAGACAUAUUAUUUCUUAACCCGGACACCUGCUUUGAUAUUGCUAUCUGCCUAGGUGCUUAUCUUGGCGUCUUUCUAUCCUUUACUGCUCUGUCGGCUGCAUUUUCAUUUCGUCGCUGCGUCCGUGAUUGCGUGUAAUGGUGGUUGAUUGCAUUGCGUUGUGGCCCCUGCAACAC